GCUCGCCCCUGUCAGGGGACCGUUACAGAGAUGCUGCUUUUACGUCCACCAUUUCAGCCCGGAAGUUUGCUCAUUUGUUAACCAUUGCGGUCAAUUCAAUUUUUAUGUUAACCUUUAUGUAUUAACAAGUGCUAUCACACGGUGUGACAGUGAAGUUGUUAAACUGUCUGGCAGUCUGUCAAGAAUCUCACAGGACUUCCCGGACAGCCACAGCUGCGUGUGGAGGACUUGAGUGAGAGCUGUCCCGGCGGCUAGCGGAGGGCUAAUAUCACACAAGGACAACAUGAGCUAGGUGGUAGCUAAGAUAGUUAACUAACGCUAGCUAGUGCUCGCAGCGGGGAAGACGAGAUAAACAAACAAACAAACAAACACCGCACCUGUAGGACUGUUAUCACUCAUGUGUUGCCGAUAGUUAACAUGUCGAAUCAGCACCAGCCGGCUUUCCCGGUCCAACAGCAGCCUAAUGUGAACUCUGCUCCUUUCCCACAAUGUUUUGUGAAACCUUUUAACAACCCUCUUCAAAUCAAGAGGAAUGUAAUAACAGACGAUUACAGUGUGACAAGUCAGGUGCUCGGGAUGGGGAUAAAUGGCAGAGUGCUGGAAAUAUUCCACAAAGAGAGUGGGGGAAAGUAUGCACUAAAGAUGCUGCAGGACUGUCCUGAAGCCAGACGGGAGGUAGAGCUCCACUGGAGGGUGUCACCUUGCUCCCACAUUGUACCCAUCAUAGAUGUUUAUGAGAAUCUCUACCAGGGCAGGAAGUGUCUCCUCAUCGUGAUGGAGUGCAUGGAUGGAGGUGAAUUAUUCAGCCAUAUCCAAGACAGAGGGAAUCAUGCGUUUACAGAAAGAGAGGCCUCUGACAUCAUGAAAAGUAUAGGAGAAGCAAUACAUUUCUUGCAUUCCAUCAACAUUGCUCACAGAGACAUCAAGCCGGAGAACCUGCUGUACACCUCCAAAAGGCCAGAUGCCCUCCUGAAGCUGACAGAUUUUGGAUUUGCCAAAGAAAUCACAACGUUAAACUCUUUAGCAACACCCUGUUUUACCCCCUACUAUGUUGCUCCAGAAGUUCUUGGUCCAGAGAAGUAUGACAGAUCCUGUGACAUGUGGUCUCUGGGUGUCAUUAUGUAUAUCCUGCUUUGUGGAUAUCCUCCUUUUUUCUCACACCAUGGUCUGGCAAUAUCCCCUGGAAUGAAAAGACGUAUUCUUAAUGGACAAUAUGAGUUCCCCAACCCAGAGUGGUCUGAUGUAUCUGAGGAAGCCAAACAGCUGAUCUGCCACUUAUUAAAAACUGAGCCCACCGAGAGAAUGAGGAUCACCGAGUUCAUAAACCAUCCCUGGAUUAAUCAGUCGGUCGAGGUCCCACAAACCCCUCUUCACACCAGCCGCGUGCUGCAUGAGGAACAAGAUGUCUGGGAGAAGGUUAAAGAGGAAAUGACAAAUGCCCUGCAAACAAUGAGAGUGGACUAUGAUCAAAUUAAAAUCAAAACUAUUGAAGACUCGACUAAUCCUCUACUCUUGAAGAGAAGAAAGAAAACUAAACACUCAGCCACACAACCUCCAAGCUAAUGAAGACGUGUUAAGAGGUAUUCUGUUUCACACGAACACACACACAUGCAUCAAGUAGGAAAAAAGCUUUAGGGAAGUUGUUCAUUAUUAAGUAACUCUGAACAUUUACAGUAUGUUUUUAGCUGUUUGUAUUUCUUUCUGUUAUUAUAUUUUUAUUUUAAAACAUAGAAUUCACCUAGGCAAUUUGUUGAAUGUGCUUUGAGGACUUUUGAACUCUUUUUAUGCAUUCAAAAGUAUGCUGUAUGUGCACUUAAGCUUAUUCAUAAAUCUAGUGUAUGUGUUGUAUAUUAGGAUGGUUUUUAUUAUUCUGAUGUACAUACUCCGUGAGUCAUUUGAGUGAGCUUUGUUGGGAUCACCUUUCAGACUGUUUCUAGGUUGUUUUCUGUCUCUUAAGUUUUUCUUUUUUGAAAACUAUUUAGCCAGACUUUUUGUCUUGAGGGUAUUGUUGAGAAAGUUUGCCAGCAUCAUUCAUAUUUGUCUACUGAAUGACCAUUACCAGAAACCACAGCUUUUGUUUUUGUAUGCUGAUGUGAUGUCAGAAGUAUUUCUCCUUACCACAAAAUAAGAGUCUUCUUGCCACAUUGUGUUAGUGCAGUGUCUAAAAUUUACUCACCAUGUGUAGCAAUAAUCACUCUUGCUAUGCUUAUGAGAGGGGUGAUAAUUGCAUUUGAUUGAGGAAACUGUGCUGUUAACUGGACUCUUCAUGCUUCUGUAGCAUUCAUUUUCUCCAAAGCAGCAAUAUAAAAAGAGUAGUGCAUGAAGUCUGUUGUGUGAAAGACAUGGAAAGAAAAGUGUAUUGCAGUCAACUUUUAGACGAGAUGUACGGUGGUAAAUGUUGCACAUCUCUACUAUCCCUGUCUGUCUUUUACUUUGGAUUAAAUCUUUUAUUAUUCUC